AUGCAGUUGCUGCAGUUGGCCAACUUUGUGCUGGACAAUCUCCUCCAGUCACGGAUAGGAUUCAUAAUAUUUUUCCAUUGCUGGCAGAGAAAUGAAAGUCUAAAGUUUUAUCAGCAGUUCGUCAAUCCCAUUCAUCGUCAUCUUGUCUACAAUCAGUUUGUUCAUAUGAGAGGUGUCCAAAACUGGACAGAUCUGGAGCUGAAAUAUCUGGAUCACUCCCAACCUACUUUAGCCAUCUAUGUGGAUUUUCAGUGUCAACAAGCUAGGGAUUUAUUGAAGGAGGCUAGUUUGGAGAAGCUCUACAAUCAGCAUUAUCAUUGGCUGAUACACGGAAACCAAUCAGAGUUUGAGUUUUAUGAUUUCUUUGCUCCUUUUAAUAUUUCCAUUGAUGCAGAUGUUAGUUAUGUGAAAGAGGAUUUAAUGGCCAGUAACUCCUCUGUUCGCUACUCCCUGUAUGAUGUCUAUAAUAAUGGAAAAAUCAUUGGCGGCCAGCUUAAUAUGACAGGAUCCUAUGAAGCUGCUUGUGAUCUUAAAGGAUGUGAAAGGGUAAAGUAUUUAAGUUCAUUACUGAAAAGGUCUAGAUAUGGAAAUCGAGAGCAACUUACAGAUGUAGUUUUAAGAGUGGCAACAGUGGUUACCCAAAGACCUCUAACCUGGUCAGAUGAUAUGCUUAUACAAUUUUUAAGCCAGGAGAACGACACUCAUAUAGAUUCCUUGGCCAGGUUUGGGUUUCAUUUGACCCUGAUUUUAAGAGAUUUACUCCACUGCAAAAUGAAGUUCAUUUUCUCCGACAGCUGGAGCAAAUCGGAUGUAGUUGGUGGUUCGGUAGGUGCUGUGGUGGAUCAAACGGCAGAUCUUACAGCCACUCCUUCUCUGGCCACCGAAGGCAGGCUGAAAUAUCUGUCAGCCAUCAUUGAGACGGGCUUCUUUCGGUCCGUUUGUAUUUUCCGGACUCCCCAUAAUGCCGGCCUCCGGGGCGAUGUUUUCCUGCAGCCCUUUAGUCCUACGGUCUGGUAUCUUUUCGGUGGAGUACUCUCCCUGAUUGGUUUCCUCUUGUGGGUCACUUUCUACAUGGAAUGCAAGCGGAUGUGUCGGCGAUGGAGGUUGGAUUACCUACCCUCGAUUCUGAGUACUUUUCUGAUCAGCUUUGGAGCAGCCUGCAUCCAAAGCUCGGCUCUGAUUCCUCGAUCCACUGGGGGUAGGCUGAUAUACUUUGCCCUUUUCCUGAUCAGCUUCAUUAUGUAUAACUACUACACAUCGGUAGUGGUAUCCUCUCUGCUGAGUUCUCCAGUCAAGUCCAAGAUCAAGACCAUGCAGCAGCUGGCGGAGAGUCCUCUGACAGUGGGCCUGGAACCACUGCCCUUUACCAAAAGUUAUCUGAAUUACUCCCGCCUCCCGGAGAUACAUUUGUUUAUUAAACGUAAAAUUGAAACACAGACCAAGAACCCGGAACUCUGGCUGCCUGCUGAGGAGGGUGUCCUCCGCGUUAGAGACAAUCCGGGAUAUGUUUAUGUUUUUGAAACAUCUUCAGGAUAUGCCUAUGUGGAGCGUUAUUUCACAGCCCAGCAAAUAUGCGAUUUAAAUGAAGUCCUUUUCCGACCAGAGCAGUUAUUUUACACACACUUGCACAGGAACUCUACCUACAAGGAACUCUUCAGAUUGAGGCUCCUGCGAGUCCUGGAAACUGGUGUCUAUCGGAAACAGCGCAGCUACUGGGUUCACAUGAAACUGCACUGUGUGGCCCAGAACUUUGUGAUAACCGUGGGCAUGGAGUACGUGGCUCCCCUGCUCCUUAUGCUGGUCUGCGCCUACAUCCUGGUCAUUCUCAUUCUCGCCAUCGAACUGGCCUGGCAACGUUGCUUCACUUCCCGUCGCACCUACCACGAAUAG